UGUUGAAGUGAGAGUGAACGCCACUGUGAGAUCCACAGAGCUGCCUGAGGCCUUCAGAGAGAAGAUUGUAGCAGCUUAUGAGUCUGGUAAGAGAUUUAAAACUUGAUAUCAGCCAUUCCCACUGUCAGGAAAAUAGGCUACAAGUGGAGGACAUUCAAAACAACUGCCAACAUGCUGAGGUCUGGUUAUCCAAGCAACUUCACCCAGAGAGCAGACCGAAAAGAAGUCACCAAAAACCCUAAAAUGUCAUCACGGGACCUACAGCACGCUCUUGCUGAUGCUGAUGUGAAAGUGCACACCUCUACAAUCAGAAAGAGACACACAACUUUAACUUUCAUGGGAGGCGUGCAAGGAGGAAACCUUUGCUCUCCAAGAAACAUGAAGGCCAGGCUGAAGUUUGCCAGAGAGAACGUAAACAAAGACCAGGACUUCUGGAAUGAUGUUCUCUGGACAGUCGAGUCUACAACUGAAUUAUCUGGACACCAGAACUGACGUUUGUUUGAUGUAAACCAAAUACAGCAUUACAGGAAAAUAACCUCACACCAACUGUGAAGGUGGAGGUGUCAGGGUCUGGGGAUGCUUUGCUGCAGCAGGACCUGGUCAGCUCACCAGCACAGAAUCCACCAUGAAUUCUACCGUGUAUCUGAGGGUGCAAGACGAACAUGUGAGACUAUCUGUAAAUAAUGUUGAAGCAGAACUGGACCCUGAAACAAGACAACAACCCAAAACACACCAGUAAAUCCACCAGGAACUGACUGAAAACUACAAAAUGGAGUCCUGGAAAAGCCAAGAUGAAGCCCAGAGCUGUGGGUCAACUUGAAACGGGCUGUAAAUGCAAGAAACCCCCGAAAAAUCUCACAGCUGGAAGAAUUCUGCAUUGAGGAUUUGGGCAAACUGUCCUUGAACCGAUGCCAGACUGUCAGAUGGCUACAAGAAGUCUCACUGAAGUUAUUUCAGCCACAGUGGGGAAACGCCAGCGAUCAGGGGGCAGCAGCAGCAGGGCAGGGGUCGGCAAGUUUAUUUAGCCCCGCCCCUUCCCAACAGCCAUUGGCCGACGCAUCGCGACUGUCUACAUGCUGCGUUCAAAGCCGUCGGAAAUACAGGACAAGGUGAAAUCAAAGCGUAUUCAUGAGGGGUCUGAGUCCAGAAGGAAAACACAGAGAAAGCUGCUUUUGAAGGUUUCUACUUGAGACUGAGUUGAAAACAGAAGAGAAGAUGGGACAAAGAAUGGGAAAAUGCGGAGAUGUGUCGUUUACCAAAAAUCAAGGAUGUGUCUCAGGAAAACAGAGGACUCAGAAAAAGACGUUCUCGGAGGAGGACGUUCACGACAGGCACCUUCCUUCUUCUCCUUCUGCCACCUUGAGACCUCAUAAUUAUAAUCGGCGGAGUAAAUUGAGGCGACAUCUUCACGGCUCGCAACCACGUCCUUGUACCCAACGAUGGAAAAAGCCCGUCAGCUCAGCCCGGUCCAGACGUUCUACUACCAGAAUUAAACGUCAGCUGUGUGUUGAACUAUCAGGCUUCUCUUACAAGCAGUCAGUCACCAGCUGGAGUCCCGCCUGCAGCAGCAAAGGUGAAGUUGAGGUGGUGGAGAAAGAAAACAGAAGUGAGAGUGAGAGAGAGUCAGAACAUGGCAGCUCGUCGACCAGCUCUCCUCUCUCUCCAAACAAAAACGUCAGCAGAUAUCCAGAAAACUCUCCGUCUUCCAUCUUGCAUGAAAAUGAUUGUAAAAGUUCUUCUGGAUCUAGGAAACGUCCUGACCGCCUGAACAGACCGACUCAACUGGAAGAUGAGUUUGAUUUCUUCUCGAGCUUGAGCCUCAUCUGCAGCAGCAAAACCAAAGACGAGACUGUGGAUUUAUCAGCAUCCCAGUGUGACACUGACAGAGAUGAUCCAGUUUCGUCAGUCCCUCGUUCACAGCAAGACCUCCCAGCUGAUUUGAAUGUCUUGUUUGAGCAGUUGUCUGUGCAGUCUGAGAGCGUGUCAGCAGGUGACAGUGACUCCCUGGUUAAAAUGGAGGCACCUGUUACAGCUGUGAUCUCCUCAGUCACAAACACCCAGCCGACCCGUCCUCACCUCCAGCUGUCCUCAGAUCCUGGUUGGAGUCAAAGAGGCUCCAGCUGUUUGCCUCGUUCUCACAGCGUUCCCUCACUGAGUCAGAGAAGCUGUGCAGAGAACCAGACCUUCAGACCAUCACAGAGCUUACCUGACAUGCUGUUAAAAAGCAGCUUUGAGGAGUUCACACCUGAUAUCACUGUUGAUGAGGACGAUGAAAGCUACCGGUUCCUGUGCUCCUGCCCGGGCCUGUACCAGUGCAGUGUGACGGGCCUGGUGUUCCACAUGGAGGGAGAAGGGGACGUGGUUUACAGGAUUGUCUCUUGGGACAGGAGGCUACUGGCCCAACAUCACAAGAAGCCUGCAGGACCCCUGUUUGACAUCAAAUGUCAGCAGAAGUCUGUGUGUCGGCUUCAUCUCCCACACUGUGAGAUCCCAUCCACAGCUGGAUGUCAGUUCUUGUCAGUCGCUCACCUGAAUGAUGAGGGCAUCGAGUUCAUCGCCCCUCAUAAGGUAACAGAAACUCAUGUGAUCAUCAACAUCUCAGGGUUUUCUGGUUAUGGUAACAUCAAGGAUAAAGAUUCACCUCCAGAGCCGGUCCGAGCGCUGGUUCUGCUGUUCUACAGGCCCCUGAAUGAGCUCAUAUCCUUCCUGAAUGUGUUGAUGCUACCAGGUAACGUCUCGGUCCGAGAUGUGCGACGCACCAGGAAGAGCUUAGUAGGAGAUGAGCUCUACAUAGAGACGUCCUCACACUGUAAACUGCUGCCAGGGCAGGAAUACACACUGUCCACUUGUCCUGAAGACGACUCAGUUCUAGUUCAACCGAAAGAAGCUGAAUUUGAUAAGGAGUCCUAUGACAACUACAUCCCAUCAUUCCAGGUCAGAUUCAGAACAGUCAUGUUGAAUAUGAAGGCGCUUCUGAGAGACACCAGCAGCUCUCACAUUGUUUGGGAAAGAGAGGUUUGUCUUCUGUCUGCUGGACUACAGAGACUCUGUGUGCAGGGCCGCUCAGACCGGAUUCUGUUUGACAUACGCAGCAGCUUCAUCGAGGGGAUAUCAGGACCUGUUCUCAAGAGUCUGCUGGACAAACUGUUUGAGAAAAAGGUUCUGAUUGAUUCUGAGAGGGAGUCAGCGGACGAGAUGCAAAACAGAGGAGACAAAGCUCGUUUAGUUAUCGACACAGUGAGGAGGAAAGGUGAAGCUGCCAGUUCAGAGAUGAUCGAGUUCCUCUGUGAGCUCGACCCGUUCCUCUGUAAACAUCUUGGACUGAUGUGAUCAUGAUCACGUUGUCCUGCUGGUUAGAAACUGAUCUGAGCUCAAACUCUGAACUCUGACUUCAAUCUCUAAACUCCAAAACCUUUUUCCUAGAACUCGGACCUUCCUAUCAGAAUUCUAAGACCAAGUUAGAAUCCUGACCUCAGAUUUAAUCUCCUUUUUUCAAGAACUCAAACUUUUCCCAGAUCUGUGAUGAAGUGUAGAUAUGGACAGUUUUUAAAUGUUGAAUUUGAGUUCAUCAUUUUAAAUGAAUGAAUGAUUUUAUUACAUUUUAAACCAGAUAUCUUGAGUGCAGACUGUGUUUUUUAUGCUGUUCACCACCUGAUUCUGACUGAUCACUGACGCUUCGUAUGUUUGAUGUUAGCGUGCUGUUUGGUACUUGAUGCUGUCUAAAGAUUACGACCUACCAACACGAAGCGUCAGUAUUAGACGUUUAAUGUUUAAUUUAAUGUGCAGUCAUACAUCUGUCAUUAGGCUGAAACUUGUCUGUCGAAGAUACAUUCAGUCAAAUAAAGUUUGAGCUGGUGAGACUGUCA